UGCGUCACCAAAACAAAGCGCGUGCUGCGCAGCGGCUGUAACAGUUGACUCGGUCGGAAAUCAACGUCUUUAGCUACAUAAAAUGAUAAAAUGCCAAUUUGCUGGCUUAUCAGCGAGGAGCGCAAUCAUAAACCUAUCCGACUGCCUCACCUGCAGACAGUUGUCCUGGGUCGAGGUCCAGAGACGACUAUUAAAGACAAAAAAUGCUCGCGGCAGCAAGUUGAAUUGAAAGCUGAAUGCAACAAAGGUUAUGUCAAAGUUAAACAGCUGGGCUUGAAUCCGACCUCCGUAGACUCAGUGGUGGUGGGUAAGGACAGUGAGGUGAAAAUGAAGCCCGGACAGAAGCUUCACAUUGUCAAUCAGCUCUACCCAUACACUGUAAUAUUCAAGGAGGAUCCCACUGGGGAUCAGGGCAGUGGCACCAAAAGACCCCGAGAGUCGGCUUCAGAGGACAGAGAGAGCCGCAGAGAGGCUCCAAAUGUUAAAGCAGCCAAACAGACAGAACAGGUCUCUGUGUCAGUCAGUCAGGGAGAAGUCACAAAAACCAGUGUAAGAGAGCAAAGAAAGUGUGUGUGCACAGAUAAAAAAAAUGUUUAUACAUGUUUUUCUCUUGUGUGGUUGUUAGUAUGUUUUAUUAAAAUACAUGUUGCCUUAAAUUUGUUGCAGGAAAGUUUUGGACAUUGGAGCCAAGGUCUGAAGGUCUCAAUGCAAGACCCAAACAUGCAGGUGUACAAAGAUGAUAAAGUAGUGGUAAUCAAAGAUAAAUACCCCAAAGCUCGCUACCACUGGCUGGUCCUCCCGUGGCAGACCAUUUCCAGCCUGAAGGCUUUACGUGACGAGCACUGCGACCUGGUGAAACACAUGCAGGAAGUUGCUGACCAGAUGAUUCAGCAGUGCCCAGAUGCUACCUCGCUGCGCUUCCGCACAGGGUACCAUGCCAUCCCCAGUAUGAGUCACGUACACCUCCAUGUGAUCAGCCAAGACUUCGACUCUCCUUGUUUAAAGAACAAGAAGCACUGGAACUCAUUCACAACUGACUAUUUCAUGGAGUCUCAUGAUGUCAUUCAGAUGCUCGAAACAAACGGAAGGGUCACCGUCAAAGAAGGAACCAGCGAGCUCUUGAAACUACCUCUCCGCUGUCACGUGUGUCGCAGAGAGCUUUCUACUAUACCCGCUCUGAAGGAGCACCUCAAGUCUCACUUUCCCAGCUAAGACAGUGACUGAAGGGAAAACGUGUCAGAUGUUUAUGGUUCAGCACAGGACUGUAGUGUGAUGGGCAUUAUUUUUGCCUGUUAAUUUUGAUUUACGGUUUUAUAAGACUUGUUAUUACGUGACCAGAACACAAUGUCCAUCUGGAGCUUUAUUUGGAUUUUCAACAUGUCGCAUGUCAGCAGGUUUAAGAUGCACUUAUGUUGGAUUUCAUCUGGGUUUUUCUGCCACACACUGCAUCUUUUGUUCCCACAUUUUCAAACACUAUGUUGUAUUAAAUGUUUUUCUAAGAAGUGAA